AUGUCUGUACCUGCGCCACUCAAGCCGUACCAGCAGUACAUCAACCGGGCGAACGAGCUUGCCAAUGUUGACCCUGUUGUUGCAUACUAUUGUCGGAUGUAUGUUGUUCAAGAAUGCAUCUCCAUGUACUCGGCCGCGACAGAGGAGACCCGUGAGUACCUCAACGAGCUGAUGUCGUCGCUGGAGCAGGUGAAGAAGGCUCUGCCGGACUCGCCGCUCCUGGGCUCAGAGUCCGAGGAGGCUGCCAUCUACGUCGAGAACUUUGCACACAAGGUCUUUAAGGGGGCUGAUGAUGAGGAUCGUGCCGGUGUCGCCUCCAUCGGCACCGCCCUUCGCUUUCGCGCAGCCUCAAACUUUUACCAGGUCCUCAGGGUCUUUGGCCCGCUGGCCGCGGACAUCGAGGAGAAGAAAAAGUACGCCAAGUGGAAGGCGGUACAGAUCUCCAAGGCAAUCAAGGCCGGCAAGCAGCCACGCCCUGGUGGUCCGCAGGAGCACAAGGAGGAGGACGAGGCCCGUGCUGCCGCUGCCGCUGCCGAGGCCCAAGCCGCUGCUGCCGCUGCUCGUGGUGAUUCCUCACCAUCCCAACCUCCCUCGUCGGGCCCGGCCGUCGACGAGUUUGGCCUCCCCAUCAUCCCGUCUGCCAACUCUAAUCCCGCCCCCAAGCCAAGCUCGGGCCCGGCAUUUGACGAGUUUGGCCUCCCCAUCGUCCCGUCUGCCAACUCUAAUCCCGCCCCCAAGCCAAGCUCGGGCCCGGCAUUUGACGAGUUUGGCCUCCCCAUCGUCCCGUCUGCCAACUCUAAUCCCGCCCCCAAGCCAAGCUCGGGCCCGGCAUUUGACGAGUUUGGCCUCCCCAUCGUCCCGUCUGCCAACUCUAAUCCCGCCCCCAAGCCAAGCUCGGGCCCGGCAUUUGACGAGUUUGGCCUCCCCAUCGUCCCGUCUGCCAACUCUAACCCCGCCCCCAAGCCAAGCUCGGGCCCGGCCGUCGACGAGUUUGGCCUCCCUAUCACCCCUUCUGCCAACCCCAGCCAAGGCGUCGCUCCCAAUUCAGGCCCCCUACCGCCGUCAUUUGGUGGUGGAAGCAGUGGACCGGCUCCGCACAUCCCGGGACCGGGUGUGGAUCUGACUCCCACGCCGCCUCCGGCCCACAACUUUGGACCAGCGCCGCCGGCCGCGGCACCCGCUCCGGCGCCGGCUGCGACGGCCGCUCAGACAUCACACCCAGGCAUCAUUCGCAUCACCCCGCUCCCCGGCUACAAGCCGACCGUCAAGCAGAAGAACCAGGCCACCAAGUUUGCGUCGUACGUCUCAUCCUCGCUCGCCUUCCACGACAUCGACGGUGCCAUUGAGAAUCUCACCAGCGCCCUCGCCCUCCUCACCGGCCUCCAGUUCGAGAAGCAGUAA